UUGAGCGGUGGCUCGCCGUUUCUUGGCGAAACUCGCGAAGAAACAUUUGUAAAUAUAUCUGCUGUAAAUUAUCACUUCAGUGAACGUUAUUUCGAACAUGUCUCACCAUAUGCGAAAGAUUUUAUCGGUCGUCUGUUUGUGCGAGAUCAACGAAAACGAGCCACUGUUGAUGAAUGUCUGAGGCAUCCCUGGACUCGAGGUUUAUUUUCGCAGGAAGAUUUUAAACAGUUUGUUGUUUACGACUAG